UUACAACCCGGUGGCAUCUUUCCAGCAAAAAAGCAUUUUUUAUUGUAUUUUCUUUCGUUUACAUUUAUUUGUAAUGUAUUAAUAAAUCACUCAAAUCUCAAAUAUUUUAAUCUAAAAACGCUUAAAGAAUAUUAAAAGAAAUACUUAAAGUAAAAUACUAUAAAAAUGUCUACAAACAAUAAGAAUUCUUAUGAAGAUAUAGACGAGGCAGAGGAAGAGGCUUUGCUUAAGUCGGACGAUGAAGGUGAAGGAGGCAAAACAAAUAUUUCCUUAAAUUUAUUAAGACCUCCCUCAGUUUCCUUGGCUACAGAUUUAAUUGAUGAUAAUUCUUUGCUAAAUGAUAAUCUAUUGAAAGAAUCAGUAGAUGAGGGAGAAAAUAAUAAUUUAGCUGAUGCAGAUUUAUUAGCAGAUGAAGAGAUGUUGACUUUAGCUGAAGCCAAUAAAGAGGAAGAUAGUGACGAUGAGGAUGAUGACGAGGACGAUGUGGAAGAUGAAGAACUUAAGAAUCUUAAAGAAUUUGAUGCAAUUCUAAAAGAAUUGGAAGUUAAUCAAUAUGCCUACGAUAAAUAUGUGCGUUUAUGUGAAUUAUCACACUCCACAGGUGAUUUGGAUAAUAUACGAAAAGCUUAUCUUAGUUUCUCUUCGGUUUAUCCCUUGACACCCGAACUGUGGCUAAAAUACAUUGAGGUAGAGUUAGUGGUGGCCCAAACUGCCCAGGAAAUAGAACAAGUUAAGGAAUUAUUUCACAAAGCUUUGCAGGAUUAUUAUUCCUGUGAUUUGGCUUUGAAAUUUGCCGACUUAGCCCAACGCUGCCAGGAUCCUAAGGCAGUAUGGCAGGAAAUUUUAGGUACUUAUGGCCUCAACUGUUUAAAAGGUCGUGAAUUUUUUAAACUUUAUCGUCAACAAUUUGCCAAGGAUUUAACAAUACCAGAGCACUUAAAUAAUUAUAUACAAAGCUUUCUACAGGAACUACGUUUACCUCUAAACGAAAUGGAAGAAUCCUAUAUAGAAUUUAAGGUUUAUUAUGAACGUAAUAAGGAAAGUUUAACCGAGCACACCUUAGACUGGUCUGUUAUCGAUCAACGUUACUUUAAAGCCAAAGAACAUCUUAAAAAGAUAAUUAUAUAUGAGGAUAAACUUAAGGGUUUGGAGGCGCAAGCUUAUCGUGAAAGAGCCGAAGUAUAUUUUGAAUAUAUUAAAGAAUCGGAUAAAUUUUUAGAUGAAAAUGUUUUACAAACCCUAUACGAACGUAUGGUAGCUGAUUGUUGCUUAAAUGCAGAAUGUUGGUUGAAAUAUAUAGAUUUUAUCGACUAUAGAGAUGCUUUUGGACGUCCGGAGGAUUUGCAAAAUUUUCCCUUGUACGAACAAACUCCGGAUGAUAUAUGCAAACGAGCAUUGCGUAAUUGCACCUGGUCUCCGGAGUUGUAUAUAAAACGUAUGAUGAUUCUGGAGAAAAUGGAGAAACCUGUACAAGAGGUACAGGAAGUUUUGGAAACUGCUUUGGCGGCUGGUUUUCAAACUCCCGAACCGGCUGUUUCUAUUUGGUUGGAGUAUUUAACUUAUUUGAGACGUCAUACGGAUUGGUUGAAUCCAGAUGAGUGUGAGGUUUUGAGAAAAAAUUUCAAUUUAGGUUGGACCAUAUUGGGCCAACAAUGGGGUGUUUUGGCCGAUUGUAACUGUGAGAUUUUACAAUUCUGGGGACGUUUGGAAUAUGGUCCUUUAAAGGAUCCAAAAAAAGGCAAAGAAUUGUGGACCACCGUAAUGGAGAGUUCUGAUAACUCAACGAAAUCAGGUUUAUGGAUGGAAUUUGCUUUAUUGGAAAUGAGACAUGAUUUAGAAGCUACACGCAAACUUUUUAGCAAAGCUUUACAUAGCCCCGACUUGGACAAUCCUUUAGUAAUAGCCUCCGCCUGGGAAAGAUUUGAAAGAUGCAAUGGCUCUAUUAAGACCCUAAAUAAAUGUGUCAAAGAAUGCAGCUAUCUUAAGCAAAAGUACUUGCUUAACAACUCCUUUAAUAAACCCGCCAAAACCAACAAUUCUUCCAGUAAACCUACUAAAAGAAAAUUAAAUGCACCUGAAAAUGAUUCUCCCCCAAAACAGCCAAAAUUACAAAAAGCCGAAACCUCCAACCACAAAGUGGCAAAUGAAAGCAAGGAGUCACAAUUUAAAGAACAUGAAAAUCAAGAAAUUGAUCUUACUAAAGAUCAUUUGCGUAUAUUUUUAUCAAAUCUGGAUUAUAAUUUAACAGAGGAGGUUAUAAUAGAAAAUCUGCCUGAGUUAAAGAUAGUCAAUUUGGAAUUAAUACGUUCAGCUAGUGGUAAGAGUAGAGGUUUUGGCUAUGCUGAAUUGGAAACAGCGGCCGAGGUGGAAAAAGCUUUAACUUUGGAUCGUAAGAACAUAAAUGGACGCCCUCUAUUUGUUUCCAGUGUUUUGCGUGAUAAAGAGCAAAGGCAGAAAUUUAAAUAUAAUGCCGACAAGGAAUUGCAUAAAUUAUUUAUAAAAAGUUUGCCUCAAGAUUGCAAUCAAACUGAAUUGGAGGAGAUAUUCGGGGUCUAUGGCAAAUUGAAAGAUGUUCGGCUGGUUUACCAUAAAUCUGGUAAAUUUAAACAAAUCGCCUAUGUGGAAUACGAACAAGAGUCAUCGGCAGGUAAAGCUGUUUUGGGCACAGAUAAUAUGAAUCUAAGAGGUCAUAAUAUAUCGGUGGCAAUUUCUGCACCUCCUCCUAAACCAACUACCAGUGCUGCGGCUAAUCCCAUAAAAAUGUUGGGUUUAGCUCCCAAACGUAAAACUAAUGAACAGAAGCCCCGAAUGUCCUUAAUACCAAAUGUGGUAAGAAAAAAUCUAAAUACAAAACCAGUAGCAGCAGCAGCUAAGCCAGCAGCACAAACUUCCGGACCUCCCAAAAGUAAUGAUGAUUUUCGUAAACUUUUGACAAAAUAGUUUUAUUUUUAAUAAAAUAAUAUGAAAGAUAAAUAAAAGUAUUUUUGUAAAACAAAAA